AUGGAUUCUGGUAAUAGUGGAAGUAUUUCUUCAAGUGGUGAUGAAGAAUAUGAUUCAAGAACGCAUCAUCCAACACUCCUUCCUUCAAAUUUCUUCAAUCAACAACAACCUUCUCUUCAAUUUCAUUCCAUCUCACACAAUCCACAAUCUUUUCAUCUUGGAUCAAACUCAAACUCAAACUCAGUUUCUUUCUUUGAUCUUUCACCAAACUACCUUCAAAAUCUCCCUCAGUCACAACCAAACAUAGACACAUCUUCAUUUCCUCCAUCAUCUCAAGGACUUUCAUCAUCAUCAUCAUUAUCAUUUUCAUUACAACAACAACAACACUCAAACCAAUGUUUGUUAACAACUCCUCAAGCUCUUGGACUUAAUGAUAACAACAACAAUAAUGCAAGAACAACAUCAACACCGUCACCGUCACCGGCAACAACCAAUAAUGCAACAAGAAAUUCAAAGAAGAGAACAAGAGCUUCAAGAAGAGCACCUACAACGGUUCUAACAACCGACACUUCGAAUUUCAGAGCCAUGGUUCAAGAAUUCACAGGUAUCCCUGCACCACCUUUUUCAGGUUCUUCUUAUUCUCGUCGUCUCGAUCUUCUCACUUCAUCAUCAUCUUUAAGAUCAAGUAAUUCAUCUCAUCACUUCGAUCCAACAGCAACAACAACAACUUCUUUUUACCCUCUUCGUCCUUCACCACAAAAACUUUAUCAUCAAAAUCCAUUGCUUUUAUCUUCAUCUUCAUCGUCACCGCAUAACAACAACAUGGUUGAUGCAACUGUUAACAAUAAUUAUCAUCAACAACUACCAAUAUCUGAUUUGGGCUUACCUUAUAAUAAUCAUCAACAACAGCAACAACAUAACUUCAUGCUUAGCAUGCAGAAUCAGCAACCUAUUCAUACAUUCAACAACCUUUCCGCAUCUUCUUCACAACAGUUUCAUCCUUUUAGUCUAGGAGCGUUUGGUGCAAAGUCACAACAACAACAACAACAAACAAGUUUAUCAGUACAAUCUCUUGAAGAUCUUGGUGUGAAUCAAGGACAAGUUAAUGCACAUGUUGGUGGUGAUAAAGUGGUUGGUUCUUCUUCAACAGGUGGGGGUGUAGGUAGUAAUUGUAAGGUAAACUUUUCAGGUUCUGGAUCAAUUACGUUAAACCAUGAAAAGACAAUGGAGAAUAAUAAUAAUAAUAAUGAUAAUAGUAAUAAUAGUAAUAGAGGAGUUGAGGGUGUUGAUUCGUGGAUUUGUUCUUCUGAUUAG